AUGACCAACUUAGCUAGCGGCGACGGCAAGUACUAUGCCAUCGUUAGGGCCAUCAACUUGCUCCUGCAGAUAGUCUUCUUUGCACCCCUCGCAGUCGUCUUCAUUUGCAUUAUCAGCCACAACACCAACCCUAGCAACCCCGCCAACGCCGCCUCCUACACCCUUGUCGCCACCAGCAUGGCUGCCUUCCUCAGCAUCCCCCUUGGCACCGCUGCCAUUACACGCUUCUCCCUCCACGCACUCGCCGGCCUAGCCUGGUAUUACCGCGUCUUCCUCCCCGCGACGACCCUCUGGUUGCUCGUAGGCCUGCUCUACACACCCUUGAGGAUUUGGUUCCUGUUGCCUCUCCCCCGGGGAUGGACGAGCUUCCUCCUCUCUGCGGCCGAUGAUACCCAGGCAUACCACGGCCACCAGCGAAUUUUUGCUCGACUACAGAUCCUCGCCUUCACAGUGUUUGCGCUCCCGGCCUCGCAUAUAUAUAUAUAUAUGCGUCGAGCAUCCGGCAAGGGUGCGGUCGGAGGAUGCAGUAUUGUUCCACCCCUCUCCCAGGGGAAGAUAUCCGGACUACGACGACGAUUAUAA